AUGAACACUUUUAGAGGAUCCAGUCCUGAUCCGCACCGUGUAACACGAGCUGCUGACCGUAUCCUCGCUAAAUCCAUGUUGCAGGACAACUCCGAGCCCUCAGACAAGACUCAAACUCCGAGUCGACCCCAUGAUGUACUCCUGGACUCCAUCAGGCAGCGACAUGAUAACUCCAAUGACCCAUUGUAUGCGCCUCAAUCCCUUCCCUUCGUAACCCGCCACAUGCCUUCUUAUGCACUACGCUCGGCCCAAAGAUUCCGGCCCGCUCAGGGAAUGUCGUGCCAUGAUGCUGCUCCCAGUGCAUUAGAACUCCGAUUUGUCGAAAGAUCUCUGGGAAAGCACUCUGGCGAGACUGAUAUGAGUAUGAUAGAUGUCCAGAAGGGCUUCGAAGUCUUCAAUCGUGGUAUUGAUGCUUUGCCUGACAGCGCCGUCCGUGCAGCCGUCCUAGCAAAGCGAUCUGAUCGCGAAUCUAGGCGCUUGCGCGCUCUCACGACGGCUUGGGAGCUCGAGACAACUGAACGACACGCGAUUCUUCUCCAGGCGCUUCUGUUGAUUGAUGCUAAGAAGUAUGCUGAAAGCAUGGCGGAAGCUUCCUUCUUCGAGAGGCUUUUGGUGAAACGUAGUAAGAAUCUGUUACGCACUCAAAUAGAUCUGUUAUGCGGAGCCCUAAGAGGGGCGUCGUCCGCUAACGUUCGUGACGUAACCGGAAGGGUCCGGUGUAGCGACUGA